AUGUCAACGAAAUAUGUGAUACUGAAACACUUGGGACCAUUAGAUAGUGAGAAUCAGCAAUUAAUAUCAGACUUUUUGGGGAAUUUGGUCUUUUCGAAAUCUGGUGUACCGGUUCUGUUUGAAACAUUCCAUGCAAAAGUUAAAGCAAAUGGUGGCGAUGACUUUAGCAAAGAGUUUGUGAAAGAGUUUUAUGAUGUGAAAAUAAAGAAUUUAGAGACCGGCAGAAACGGUGAUAGCAAUCUCAAUAACAAUCUAAAGAGCACCAGCAACAACAUUAGUAGUAACACUUUUAACGACCGCAAUUUUUAUAACAAACGACCGCGAGAAGAAGAUGAUGAUGAUGAUGAAAUGGAGGAGAAAGAAGAACAAGAGAAUGAGCAUAAGAUUAAUAGUAAGGGGAUAGAAAGUAAACGGAAACAAAAGAUUCACCAAGGAUAUGUCACAUCUCUCCAACCCUAUGGAGCUUUUAUAUCAUUCGAUAAUAAAUCGGGAUUAUGCCAUGUUUCACAAAUUGACAUUGAUGGAAAUCCUAUUUCCCACCCUAGUGAUGUGCUUUAUCAAAACCAGUUGGUGAAUUUCAUUAUUGUGGAUGAAAAAGUUGAAAGAGGACGUACAAAGUACUCUUUGUCAAUGAGAGGGGUAGUGCAAGACGAGGUGGAGGAGGAAGAACCACAUAUCCAGAACGUCAAAAACAACGAAAAAGAAGAAGAAAAGAAAGAGAAAGAAGAAGGGAAAAAGAUCGAGAAAGAGGAGGUGGAAUACGAACGAGCGACACACAGGGAAGUUGAACAGGACAAGGAUAAAAACUUAGGUGAAAAUCCUCCACAUGCUUUGAAAGAAGCGAAACUGGAAGAGCAUGAUGCGGGAAUAUCUUUGACUUCAACUGCUCCCACCUCUGACUCAAAAGACACUGCCACCACUAAUUCCCAGGCCACAGAAGACUAUGAUCCUCUAAUUGCUGAUAGUGUCAAUAUACCUCACGAUUCACUAUUUGGUGGAUCCAAUAUCAAUAGUGUUCUCAAUAUGGAGAACAGUCUCCCCGUUGCGAUUGAACACGGAUCAGCACUUGCUCGUCAGUUUCGUGAAGAAAAAGCGAAAAAGCAAAAAGUAAGAGACAAGGUUUCCAGAUCAGUUGAAGAAAAUGACCCUUUAUACGUAAAGAAAGAAAAGCCUGAACAGGAGGAUGAACAACUAAAGCAAUCUAUGGCUUCAUUCAAAAAGAACAAGCCCAAAAAACUUAUCAAGCAAAGUAGGAAAUCUAUUCAAGAACUACGCAAGUCUCUACCUAUCUACAAAAUGAAGCGAGAUCUUAUAAACCAAAUUCGAGAUAAUCAAUUCUUGGUAAUAGUAGGUGAGACUGGUUCCGGUAAGACCACCCAGAUUGUCCAAUACAUCUACGAAGUAGGUUUAAAUCAGUCCAAAAUCAUUGGGUGUACGCAACCACGUCGAGUUGCAGCAACUUCAGUUGCACGACGUGUGGCUGAAGAAAUGGAUGUGCAUUUGGGUGGCUUAGUUGGAUACAAUGUUCGUUUUGACGACAAGACCUCGACAAACACAAAGAUCAAGUAUCUCACAGAUGGUAUGCUUCUUCGAGAAGCUCUAACUGAUCCAAGCUUAUCCAAGUACUCUGUCAUCAUGCUAGAUGAAGCACACGAGCGAACCAUUGCCACCGAUGUGUUAUUUGGUCUUCUCAAAAAGGCAGCAAAAGCUAAUCCCAAUUUGAAAGUGAUUGUUACUUCUGCCACGCUUGAUUCAAACAAAUUCUCAAAGUUUUUCAAUUCGUGUCCAGUAAUAAAUAUUCCUGGUCGUACUUUCCCAGUUGAUAUUGUUUACACAAACAAGCCUGAAAUGGAUUACUUGGCCGCAGCAAUAGACUCGGUAUGUCAGAUCCAUAUUUCUGAGCCCGCGGGUGAUAUUUUGGUAUUUCUCACAGGUCAAGAGGAGAUUGAAGUUGCAUCGGAGAUUCUUCAAGAACGUAUGAAGAUGUUGCAACCAAAUGAUCCACUGAUGAUUAUUCUUCCUUGUUAUAGCUCGCUUCCAAGUGAUGAACAGCUGCGUAUCUUUGAGGAGACGCCUGCAGGGAUGCGCAAAGUGGUGCUUGCAACAAAUAUAGCUGAGACGUCAUUGACUAUAGAUGGGAUUAAAUAUGUCGUGGACUCUGGGUAUUGCAAAUUAAAUUUACAAGACGUAACACUGGGGCUUGAUAUGCUCAAGAUUUGCCCCAUUUCACAAGCACAAGCAUCGCAAAGAAGUGGUAGAGCUGGUCGUACUGGACCUGGUAAGUGCUAUCGUUUGUAUACAGAGUCCAUUUAUAGUAAGCUAGCUCCAUCAUCAACGCCAGAGAUUCGUCGUCGAAACCUUGCAUCGUCGGUAUUAAUGUUAAAAGCAAUGCAUCUUUCUACGUUUGAAUGGAUGGAUCCACCGUCGAUGCAAGCAGUCAACGCGGCAUAUAAGCAAUUGAAGCAACUCAAGGCAUUGGAUGAGAAACUGGAAAUCACCAAGCUUGGGGUUGACCUUUCCAAGAUCCCUACUGAGCCUAGUUUGGCAAAGUGUAUUCUACUUAGUGAAGAAAUGGGUUGUACUAUGGAAAUGCUCGCUAUUGUCGCUAUGCUAAGCAUCCAGAAUGUGUUUCAUCGACCAAAAGCUCAGCGGAAGUUGGCGGACCAGGUGAUUGCAAGAUGGACACAUUCGAUAAGUGAUCAUAUAACUCUUUUACGAGUAUACACAGAGUUUGUUAAAGUGGAAAGUGCGAGAAAGUUGGAUUGGUGUAAACGAAACUUUGUUCAGCACUCGUCGCUUCGCAAGGCACAACAAAUUGUUGAACAGUUGAGGUCGAUAUGUCGCUUCAACAAUAGAGAUUUGCAAAGUAAGCAGAAGGAGAGGAUAAUACUCAACUGUUUGACAAACGGAUUGAGUCAAAUACAGAUUGACGGAAGCAAUAGAGAUUUGAUCUCUAGAAGAUUCAAAACAGGCGAUACCGUGGUAACUACUGGCCGUCAUGCCACAUUGGUGCCCAGGAAAAGGAGAAGAAGAUUAGGGCGCAGGUGA